AUGGAGGGAACGGAAAAGGUGCUGGACAAGCGAACGACGCUGCUACGGCCUCCAGAACCGGAUCCAAACAAGGCGCCAAUCGAGAACACGGUGGAAGUGACGCCGCUGGCGGUGCUGGGCGAGGACAUCUUCACCAACACGCGCCCGCUGUGGCUCCCUCCCGGCGCGCGCGGCGUCUAUGGCGGCGCCGUGAUUGCGCAGUGCCUGGCGGCGGCGCAGCUGACGGUCAAGGACGACUUCCUGGUGCACUCGUGCCACUGCUACUUCCUGCUGGCGGGCUCGGCCACGAUCCCCAUCAUGUACCACGUCGAGCGCGUGCGCGACGGCCGGUCGUUUGCCACGCGGACGGUGCAGGCGCGGCAGAAGGGCAAGUGCAUCUUCACGACGACCAUCAGCUUCGUGCGCGAGGCCAGCGGCGGCGUCAAGCAGAUCCGCCACGCGGCCGCGCUGCCCGAGGGCGUGGACAUGCCGCAGCCCAGCUGGGACAACGAGGACGCGGCGUGGGACAAGGGCCCCUUCCAGAGCCGGCGCAUCGAGCUGCUCAACAUGAACGACAGCGAGACGCGGCCGGACCAGCGCCGCGCGCGGCAGUGGCACCGCAGCCGGGGCAAGAUCUCGGCCGAGGGCGGCCACCAGGCGCACCUCAACGCGCUGGCGUACAUCUCGGACAGCUACUUCAUCGGCAUGGUGUCGCGCAUCCACAAGCUGUGGCGGCUGGGCAUGACGCCGGAGCAGGUGGCCGCGCUGCCGGAGGAGAAGCGGGCGCCGCUGCAGCAGUUUCUCGAGUUUGAGGGCUUGGGCAGCACGCUGGAGGACUGGGUCGGGCGGCCGCGGAUGGGGAUGCUGGUGAGCCUGGACCACAGCAUAUAUUUCCACGAGCCGAAGAAGGUGAGGGCGGAUGAGUGGAUGUUUUCGGAGAUUGAGAGCCCGUGGAGCGGUGAUGGGAGGGGCGUGGUGAUGCAGAGGAUAUAUGCGCAGGAUGGGACGUUGCUGGCGAGUUGUAUGCAGGAGGGUGUUGUGAGACUGCAACAAGAUGAGACAGAGAAGGCAGCCAAGAUUUAA